AUGUACCACGUCUCCUCACCUCCAGUCUCCAAAUAUGCUUUGGCUUUAAAUAUUGCUGCUGAAGAAUUAAAGGAACAGAGCAAGAUUCUGGUAUCUCAGACUUCUGAAAAAAAUGGAAACUCACGUAAAGUAAGCAAAGAAUUAAAAGAAAUUGUGUUUGUCAUCCAGAGCCAAAGGAAUUCUUUUCAUUCAAAGAGAGCAGAUGACCUAAAACAAAAUAUUUUAAAACAGGCUGCAGUUCUUGGAAAGGAAAUACCUACAGUUCUGCUUAUUCACCUGAUGGAUAGGCAUGAAGGUACAUGGACCAUUCUGCCACUAAUGCAUGACUUUUCUGCUUCAUACAGCAGAAAUACCUCAUGGAUUUUUUUCUGUGAAGAAGAUACAAGAAUACAUAUUGUAAGGCUGCUGGAAGUACUUAGAAGAUAUGACAAAUCUAAGGAACUUUUUCUAGGCAAAGCAUUACAUGAUGAUGAAUCUACAAUUAUUCACCAUUAUGCCUUUGCUGAAAAUCCUACCAUUUUUAAAUUUCCAGAUUUUUCUGCUGGCUGGGCACUCAGUAUACCACUUGUAAAUAAGCUUGCGAAGAGGCUGAAAAAUGAACCUUUAAAGUCAGAUUUUACCAUAGAUUUGAAAUAUGAGAUUGCACUAUAUAUCUGGGAAAAAGGCAAUGGACCACAUCUCACCCCAGUGCCUGAGUUCUGCACAGAAGAUGUUGACUCUCCCAAGACUAGUCAUUGUGCCACUACGUUCGCUAAUUUCCUCCCAAUAUGUGGGGAUCCUGUGAAGAAAACAGAUAUCUUUGUUGCUGUAAAAACCUGCAGGAAAUUCCAUGGAGACAGAAUACCCAUUGUGAAACGGACCUGGGAAGCAGAGGCUGCUCUUAUUGAAUACUACAGUGAUUACACAGAAAGUUCAAUUCCUACGGUUGACUUAGGAGUGCCAAAUACUGAAAGAGGUCAUUGUGGAAAAACAUUUGCUAUUUUGGAAAGAUUUUUAAACCUUAAUCCUUCUACAACACCUUGGUUAGUUAUUGUGGACGAUGACACUUUAAUAAGUAUCUCUAGGCUUCAGAAACUUCUCAGCUGCUAUAACCCAAGUGAACCAGUGAUUCUUGGAGAACGUUAUGGCUACGGAUUAGGAUCAGGAGGCUACAGUUACAUCACUGGAGGAGGAGGGAUGGUCUUCAGCAGAGAAGCAGUCCAAAGAUUAUUUGCUAGUAAAUGCCGAUGUUAUAGCAAUGAUGCCCCUGAUGACAUGGUAAUUGGAAUGUGUUUCAGUGGCUUAGGAAUUCCAGUAACACACAGCCCUCUGUUCCAUCAGGCUCGGCCGGUGGAUUAUCCAAAGGACUAUCUCUCCCAUCAAGUUCCGAUUUCCUUUCAUAAACACUGGAACAUUGAUCCAGUGGAUGUAUACUUCAGGUGGCUAGCACCAAAACUGGAAGAUUUGCAGGAAGGACAUAUACGUGUCAAGGAGGAUUUAUAAUCUCUAAAAACAUUAAUAUUUAAAUAUUGCUGUAGGCUUAUAUUGGAGCUACUGAAUUUGUUGUUGUAUUUAUACUUGUCACCUGUAUUGUAUACAGUGCUAAAGGCAUGCCCCACUACUACUGUGACUACAUAACCUGUGUGAGGAAGAGUCUCACAGGAUGUAACAGAGCCCCAUUUCUUCCUUGCAAAACCCAAAUAACUCUUACCACAUAUGGAGAAGGAUUUUGGAGGUAUGUACAAAGCUCACAUUCCCCAUAAUGCCCCAUGAUGCUGACAGUAUAGGUAAGCCAGUUGGGGAAGGGACAGAACUCUGUUGAGUCUUCUGGGAAUUGUUCAUGUAUAGGGAGUGCAGUGGAACUGGUCCAUGCCUUAAAUACCCCUUUCUCAGAUGAUAUGUAUGCACCCAUGUAUAUACAUUUAUUCAGUGGACUUAAAUGCAGAUCUUCUGGUAUUCAGAUUUUAAAAACAUCACCUGUUAAGUAUCUGGAUAUUUUUAAAAUUCUCAUACAUCAGCAACCUGUUUUUGUUUGUUUUGUUUUUUCUGGUUGACAGUGGCAUAUUAGGGUCAUAAUGAUAAAGUGUGUAAAUGCCUUUUGAGUUGCAAAUGAUUUUUGCCUCUUUGUCCCAUGAUAUCUGGGGCUGUAUGUAAAGAGAAACAGGCUUGAUCCAACUGUGUGUGAAUUGUAAAGACAAAAGAACCUGUAUGUUGUCCUCUCCUUGUAUCAACUUGUUUUUUGUUGUUCAACUUGUAUCUUUUAACAAAUCCCAUUUAUAAAUAAUUGAAAAAGACAAGACAGGAUUGGUGCACUGACCACAAGGUGUCAGUACUGAUACCCAAGCGGUCUAACAGCAAAUGUAUCUUAAGGGAUCUUUGAAAACCUGCCCUUUAGAUUCUUACCUACUUUAUGUGCCCAUCAUGUGAGCUGCAUGUACAAGACUGAAAUCUUGCUGAAUGCUAGGAUAGCAUCUCAUUUGCUGCAUUUAUGUUACUUCAGAUAUGGCACACAUCUAAAGUUCUACACGUUCAGAAGAGUCCCGUUUUGUAAAGGAGGGGGACAAGAAUGGAGAUGGGGGGAUUUGAUGGAAAAAUGCUCACACAUCUGUUGAAAGCUACAAAAUGGGGUAGAACUCUUUGCCCAUUCAGAGUUAGUGCAGGAAGCAUUGUCCUCAUUCUGGUUUGGCCUUGUGAUGCCAUAAUUUAGCCAGAUCUGAUUGGCUGCGUGAUGAAGUGAUAAUCAAGAUUUCUUCACGCUCCCUACAAGUUCUCUGACUGCAUCUAGCUGCAGACA